GUAAGUAGUUGUCUUGACUAAGGGAUAAGCCUAGACUUAUCGGUUAGUCAACUAGUUGACCACUCGCUUACAUCCCUAAUCAGGUGUCCUACUGAAUUCAAUGGAGCUACUAACUUGAAUAGAAUUACACAUCUAAUGGAUACAGCACAGCAGUGUACCAGUUACAAGCUGUUAGAAGCAGAGACUGUAUUUUGGGAAUUGUACCAGUACCAACCAUAUUUUUAGUUUUUAAUGAUAAUAAGUGAUCAAGAUAUAAUGGGUCUGUUCAUCAUAUUCAAACCACUUAAAUUAAACUGGGGAGAAAAAUCAUUAAUUGUCUUGUUGAUUAGUGUACUGAAAUAUUUAUAUUGCAUUGCAUAGAGGUCAUGAGAACUGCCUAUGAAUCAAAUUCAAAUACAUCUAGAAGACCCCACUAAGUUCACCUGAUGAGAUAUUUUUUAAAAAUCAGCUAUGUAGAAAGCUUUCUUCUGCAUUACCCUGUCAGCUAGUUUUUCACACGUGAUUUUCUGCAUAAUCAUCUUCUGUUCCCCAUGUUUCUUUUGUUGUGUCUGGCCACUUAGCAGAUUUAUCUGGUCCUAAAGGCACAAGGUGAAGCUAAAGCACAAGUCAUCUCACUCCUGAAGGAUGGUUUAGGUGCAGAAAAGUAUAUGUUUGCAACAUACCUUUAUAUCUGCUUCCUGCCUGUGUGACACUUUAGAAUGUAGUAGAGAGUAGGAGGCAGGCAGGAAUGACCAAGUUUCCUGACUGCAAAAUAUUAUUUUUUACAGUUAUUAUGGAUAGAUCCUCUGCCAUCAGCCUGAAGAAAACUCUGGGAUUUUAAAAAAAUGGAAGCAGUUGGUGGGCUCCACUCAGGCCAUCGCUUUAGUUCUGCAUCUUUUUUUCUAGCGGCAUUCAUUGUAUGUCCUUAAGAUGGAGUGCGGAAAGUGGGAUAUGGAAACACAUACUCUCAAAGAUGAGGACCAUAUGUCUGAGUGGACUGCCAAUGAUCCAGCAAGACUGGUGCCAUCUCCUAGCAAAAUCACUGAGAAGAAUGUGUCCUUUUUGCCCAGGGGCCAGAUAAACAGCACAAACAGCUCAUCUAACAAGCAGUUUACACCCUUCUGUUACUCUGCAAAUAGCAGUGUGACGGACAGUAAUGGCUGCUCAUCAGGUAACUGGUUCCAUAGCCAGCCUUUUCAGGAUGCAAAGCAACUAAACUAUUUGGCCAACUCUGCUCUUUUUCCUCAUUUGUUGGCAUCCAGUGUGACUCAGACUGGAAUUGUUCAGGUCAGUAAAAGUAGUGACUUGGAUAGGCUCAGUCCUGCAGCCAUUCCUGUUCCUCAGAUAAGCCAGGAAACCAUAUGCUACAACAAAAACAUGGAACAGAGCCCAGGACAGCAGGAACAGGUGAUGAUGGAGCAGAUGGAGCAGCUGCAAAGGCUGGUAACUGAACAACAGAAAAUCAUCACAUACUAUAACCCAGGUUUUUCAGUCUAUCCUGGCACACCUUCUCAUCUAGUUGCCAUGAUGCCAACACUUUCAAGGUUUCCUGCUGCUUUAUUUCCUGUCCAGCUCCCUUCAGAGAAUUCUCCACAAGCCCAGAACCAUGUACACAUACAAACCAGUCCAUCUGUAACACAGACUACCAUUCAGAGAGGUCCCCCAGCAUCCUCACCCAAUAAUAGCUGCUCUGAAGCCUUAGGGGAGCACCCACAACCUCCAGUUCCAGAUGAAAGCCCACUAAAGGAAGAGGCUUGUCCUAAAACUUUGCCUGCCAUUAAAGAAGAAGAGGAAGAGCAAAAUGAUGAACAGAUUCCCCUUUCCCCUUUUGGUGUAAGAAUGAACGCAAGGACUAAAAACUUGGAAGACAGACCAAUCAGACCAGGAAUUGGUGUACGACAGAAGACUUUUGAAGAAUUUGUUGAAGAGCAACUUAAAGUAGAUUCUCAAAUAAUAGAAACCCACCAGCAGAACUUCUGUGAGGCUAAAGUGACUCCUCGGAAAUCUUUCCUGAAACGUGGAGAAGGCAUUGCAAGACUUGAAAAAAAUAAAGAGAACCUUGUGAAAGAACAAACCAAACAUCCCAGAAGAGUUAGUUUUGAUUGCCAGAAUCUCUUCUCUUGGCCCUGCCAGCAGGAUGCAGGAAAAUCACAGCUGGGGAAACAUUUAAAUAGUUUAAAUAGGCGGGCCAGCAGCCCCACAGUUCUGGUCUCUAGUGAGAAGAAUACAGAUUGCAUCAUGUCCAUGAGUGAAAUAAAGGCUCAGGUUGACAGUAAGACAAGCGAUCCUGAGCAAUGCCCAUCAGAAAGAAGAGAAGGAGGUGGCAGAGUAGAGGGUGCAAAAGAGGAUCCUGCUGUAUCACUGAAGAUGAAUUGGGCUGAACUCCUGCAGCAGUGUCAGCAACAGAUGACUGAAAUGAAGCUACAAGUAGGUGAGAAAAAUACAACUCAAUGUCCUGAUUCUCUAAGACAAACAGACAGAGCAGACAAAAGUUCUAUGGAAUCUAUAGUUCAAAAGGACCUAGAUAUUGUGGAGCAGCUUCUGAAGGGCAAUCUAACUCAGACAGCAGAAAAGCCCUUGGAAAUCCUUCAAGAAGGCUCUAAGCUUCAGAAUUUAGAAGGAAGCCAAACCAAGCAGAUGGACUGGAGCACAGGCCUCAACUUCACAUCAAGCAUGGAAGGAAUUAGCAGUUAUCCCGGUGAAGAUUACACUGUGAGCAAAGGCCCAGAGAGCUUAGGAGGAACCACCACUGGAUUUAAGAUGGUCAAUGACAGAAUAAUGAAAGUUACCCACAAAUCAACUCAAGGCAUGGACAGAAAAAAGGGCGUCACUUCUUCCUGCCACCAGCAAGAGUGGCAAAGCAGUAGAAGUAAUGCCAACUGGUGGAAUGCUCAACUUUUGUCCAGUGGGUCAGGUUGCACAUCCACGGACAGUGAGGAUGACCCCAAAUCUCAUUGCACUAAGAAUCCCACAAUGCACAUGCCUCAGGGAGUAGGUUGCACAGACAAAAAUUUGGAUCUCUCUGAUGCUGAUUAUGCUAGCGAUGAGCCCAGUGGAGCAGAAGAUCUGGCCCCAAGAAAGCACAUCAAGCCACUUCCAAAGAACCUGGGGGCUCCAGAGAUAAAAGGCAAGCAGGAUCUUUUCCUCAGCACAAGCAGCAGUGAGUCUGGCAAUGGAGUAGCCAAGCUGAAAGUAAAUAAGGCUUGCUCUUCUCUUCGAAAGGCUCCUUUUCGGCACCCAAGAUCUGUGAAAGAUGAAAGAGAGCUCAAGACAAAAAGUGAGAAGAGUAAUGUUGGGGAUGUUAAAAAUUUAGAUCUGCAGUCAUUACCCUCAUUCCCUGCAUUCAAAAUUAAAGAAACCCUUGCAGAAGAGCAGGCACAAGGAAAACUGGUUGUGGGUACUCUAGAAGCAGUUCAGAGAAGGCUUACUGACCAGUUAGAGGAAAUGGAGAAGGAGGUUGGCAUGUAUCAUCAUGAAGCGCCUCUGCUUACAAGAAUGAAAGAAGAACAAGAAAAAGCAAGACAUUUUCUCAGAACACGAAUGGAUCAGUUUCAAACCAACAAGGCUCAAGACCUCAAUCACUUGGAAGAAUAUAGGAGAGACCACAUUCACACACCGCAGAAAGAAAAGGUUGAACUUAAGAAGCAUGCAACAGCAGCUAGAAUCAGUAGGGAGGAAGUGAAAUCAGAAGAAAUACAAAUGUUAAAACAGCAGAUUGCAAGGCUCCAGGAGGAUUUCAGGAGAAAUGAGUCCCACUGGCACGCUGCCCAUGGCAAGCUAAAAAGUCAAAUUGAGAUUCUGACCAAACAGAACCUAGAGCUUCAAGAGGAGCUCAGAGUUUCAGAGCACCAGAGGCUGAAAGCAGAAAAAAAUCCUGGAGCUGUGGAUUUCAUAAGCAGAAAAUCAGAAACUCCGGUUUCUGAAGCUAUUUUGAGAGGGACAUCAUCUGUGGCUAACCUGGAAGAAAGGCCAUUGCGAGGUAACCCUAAGAGUCGCAGUACCACUCCAGUGGGGAGGAAAACGCCAGUGGAGAAACAACCCCCCGGAAAUGUGACUAUGAAAGCAAUGAAAAGUAAAGUGGAAAGGAUGGAGUCUUUGAAAUCAGUAACAAGGGAAGCCCGAGAAAAGACACCCUCUAAUCAGUUUCAUAGCAGAAGUUCAACACCCACUGGCAGAAGAACACCCCAUCACGGAAGAUUAACACCAUUUGAGCCAGAGAAGGUUAUGCAUCAAUCAUCUCAUGAUAAACAAAGAAUCUAUAGCAGGAAGUCACCUGUCCCUUCUGUCUCACACCUGAGUGUGCCAAAGGAAACCAACUCAUCUUAUACAAAAGGCAGAUAUUCAUCCACCUCAGGCAGUUCAGAGGACACAGUCCUCUUUCGCAGCCAGAACCAUGAUGUGUGUAACUCAACGUCCUACAGUAACAAUGAGGAACCACAGCAUUCUCCUCCAAAAUCAACAUUAUCUAGAAGAUCUUUGCUCUACAAAGAAAACAAAAAAAGCAGUGAGGUGGUGCGAGAAAAAAUAGAGUAUGCAGAUGGCAAGGUAGAAGAGGUGCUUACUGAUGGACGUCGAAUCAUUACUUUCCGCAACGGUACCAAGAAAGAGAUCAGUGCUGAUAAAAGGAUGACGGUGGUUACUUUUUUCAAUGGAGACGUAAAGAAGAUCAUGCCGGAUCAGAGAGUGAUUUAUUAUUAUGCAGAUGCACAGACAACCCAUACCACUUAUCCAAAUGGCUUGGAGGUGCUGCAGUUCCCUAACAAUCAGAUAGAAAAACACCACCCCGAUGGCACCAAAGAAAUUGUGUUCCCAGAUCAGACAGUGAAACGCUUCUGUGAUGGCGGGCUGGAGGAAACGGUUUUUCCAGAUGGUACGGUAGUAAAAGUAGAAAAGAAUGGCGAUAAAAUGGUGAUGUUCAGUAACGGGCAGAGGGAGAUUUACACACCACAGUUCAAGAGGAGGGAAUACCCCGAUGGCACUAUAAAGACAGUGUACUCCAGUGGCCAACAGGAAACAAAGUAUUCUUCUGGACGGGUUCGAAUCAAAGACAGAGAGGGCAAUAUCAUCCUUAAUAAGAAGUGAUUCAUCUCUUCGAGUUGCAGGGUUGUAUGUGGAUCAUGUAAGCCAGUUUGUGGUUGAGAUUUGUUAUUAUUUUACAGUGUAGAUAGCUGUAUCCUGUGGAAGUGCAGCAGUCUGAUAUGUUUUUUUCUCUUGUCUCUUUGCCUAGCUUUUGGUUCCUUGAAAGAAUUAGGGCCUGACUGUAAGUGGGCCUGAGUACCCACAAUGUCUAUCAAAGUUAAUUAAGGAUCAGGCUCACAAUGAGUUGUGUUCUCUAAAAUUAUAAAUGAAUGUCAUGUGCCUCAAGGAAAGCCAGAAACCUGCCUAUCUCCUGCAGCAGUCAGUGUAUAUUACAUUGGAGCUACUUUCACCCAUGUGGUCACAAGGAGAUGUCAAUCGACAUUUCACUUCCUCCACCAGGUGUAAGGAAGAACCAAUGGAUUAAGAGACUGAGCAUAUGAUUUGAUAUGUCUGGAUUCCCAUGGACCACGUGUUCCCAUUCCCAGCAGAUAUGUAGGAUUGAAUUCUACUUGCAUUCACUGAAUUUUGGUUGAACUACAGUUUACUGGGAGGGUGUUUCUUGAACAAGGCUUCUAAAACUGUACUCAAACCUGCCCUGAACAGAAAUGAACCAACUAAUGGUACUUUCUGUGUAUGCUUGCUGACCUUGCCCAAAAUUUCCUUUCCCCUUACUUGGAUACCAGUUGGCUCCUCUGUCUAUCCCAGCAGGGUCUGCAUUUCAAUGGCAUUAUAUGUAAGCCCCAUACUUGUAAGGCACAUUGAGAUCCUGUGGAAUGAAAAACACAAUAUAAAUGCAAAAACUAUUGUUUUUAUUAUUCAGCAUGAUAGAUGCCUCCCAGACAUGCUGCAUUAAAUAAAAUAAUUAAUGCGAAUGCAGUUUAUUAAGUAAAAAUCUAAAGAUCAUGGUCCAGUUCCCCAGACUUUAAUAGAGCCAUGUUGAUUUACACUCCAUGAAGUUCUGGACUGAUGUAGUUAAUUUUACAAAUAUUUCUAGUUAAUUUGUCUGGCUGGCUGGCUGGCUAUGUCUGCACUGAAGAGCUUUUCUGGGAUACCAGAGGCUUUUUCAGAAAAGCCUCUUUUGGAAAAAAAGUGGAAAAAUGCAUAUCUUUUUCCAACUUUUCUUUGCAGUGUAGACCUAUCCUCAGUCUUUCUCUCUUCAGCAUUAUUUAAUUUUGUUUUUACUCAAGCACAAAAAUACAUGUGUAAACUCUUGCACUCUCAUCUAGCAGCCUACCUUUAUUCUUUCCUCGCAUGCAAGUGUAAAAUAAUUGCAAAAUUCUGCAAUUCUUCAUUUCUCCGUUUUGUUUCUUGCAGCUUAGGAUACAAAUUUGCAUUCAAAUUAUUUUGCAGUCUGGAAAACAUAGUCUGACUAGAGAGAAAGUGUACGAAACAAGUUAUUUCCCAUUAAUAUUGAUCCCAGACUACAAUGCAUAAAAAUGUAAUUACUCUUUUAUAAGUAUUUGAUGAUUAAUACAUUCUGUAAUUUGGUUGUGAUAACAUCUUUUUUUUUCCUUUUACUCCCUAUGUGUAAAAUAAACUGUUUAGAAUUU